CAUGCAUAACGUUUGAUGUCUUCGACUUCCCAAACAUAUUCAAAUUCUACAAAAAUCAAAGAAAUCAAUGUAAUUGUUGUUGGUGUAAGUGGAUCGGAAGCAGUUAAAGGACCUUCUGGAGUCGGUAAAUCAUUACUUUGUAAUCGAUUUGUUCGACCUGCCGCUGAUGAAUUUCAUCGGGAACAUUCGUCUGUGUUGUCACAGAUUGACUUUUGUGGAAGCCCUGUCAUCAACAAAGAUCACUGGUUGUACUGGGGAAGUCGGGUUCUGAGCAAUCCAGAGAGCUCAGCUUCAAAUAUCUUGAUCAGAGUUGCAGAGCAAACAGAAUUUUUGGACGACGAAACAUUUGAAACCAUCGCCGGUUGUUCGAAAUCUGAAAAUUAUUGUCAGAGAUGCUGCCAAACAAGUUUACAAAGCAGAGAUAAAUUAAUGUAUAUACAGAAAGAGCAACUAGGCCUGGAAAGUGAAUUCCCUCAACAAUUGCUCCCCAAUGGGAAAUUCAACGUCGAUGGCUUCAUUCUAGCUUGUGACAUAUCUAAACCAACUUCUGCUCACUUACACUCAAGCCAUGUGCUGAAUAUUGCAAAAGCUAUUUCAAAAACCAAGAAACCCGUGAUAAUAGCUUUUACAAAAUGCGAUGAAGCCAGUGAAGAAUGCAAGAAAAAUUAUUUGAAUUUAUUUUAUUCGACGAAAGAAUUGAAGCACAUUAUGAGUCAUGUACCACCAGUGGAGACUUCUUCUGUCAAAAAUGUGAACGUGGAAUAUUUAUUUGGUACACUUGCGAAUUUAUGUUUGAAGUCCCAGAAAAUAGUGAAGAAACCGUUGGCAUAUCACGAGGCUUCUCUUUUUGUGGAGCAGAGGAAUUUACAUGUCAAAUGUUGUUUCUCAACUCUUCUAUCUCAAGCAGUUCCACUUUGCACAUAUCCAAAAAAAUGUUUGAGUUGGAAUCAAGUUCUGGCAGAUAUCGAUCGACAUCCGGAUCUUAUGAAUUUUGUGACUGUUUUCGGAAGUCGUGUGGCAUUUGAAAUGUACGAAAGAUAUGUGUCAGAAGCGAAGGAGUUGUGGGCAAUUAAUAGACUCCGCACGCUGGUUCCCCGUCUAUUUGAGAUUUUCCAAGUGUUUCUGGAUGUGGUAGAUCUUGCUGAGAUGGAAUGGUCACAGGCAAGAGAUUUCAUGCGAUGUCAUCCAUUGUUCCAUGUUUUAUUCGAAUCUAACGAAUACAAUCUAGAAAUGUGGAGCCCGCCAAGUUCAUUCAAUAAAGACGAAAAGUCGAGACUUCCCUCUGAAAUCCUUCUCCUACCUGAAGCUGCAAAAGUUUUCGAGCAAUUUCGGCUAUCAACCCUAAAUCUUCGUCUAAAACACCAACUUGGCCAGGAAUUCGAGUACCUUCUUAACGAAAUCCCACAAAUUCUACCGGGAUGUUCUAUGGAAACCGCGUUCCCUCUGUUUCAAAACUUCAACGUAAUCAAGAAACUAACACCGGAUAUAGUCACUACAGUAUAUGACAGAUUUCAAAAGAAAUUAAUGGAAAAUGCUAGGAAACAGUUGGAAGAGUGCAUUCUAGAAGUCUCACCGGGAAUUCAACUUCAAAAUUUAAAAAUAAAAUCAUGGAAAACACCUGGAUUAUCGCAUUUUGAUAUGAGCAUGGAUUUUAAUCAAAAGCUUGAAACUGUGAAAAACUUUUUGGAAGUUGAUGAUAGAUAUGAAUGGAUGAGGAUUAUGGCGGGAGAACGAGAUCAAAUUAUUGUCAAUCAUCUUCCGUUUAUUUUCGAUGUUUCCCCGGUUAACUGUCCGAGCACUGAUAUGUGCAUUGAUCUCGUUGGCACAUCAAUUUUAAACGAUUUCUCGGAACAAAAUAGCACAUUUUGUGGAUCUUCUGGUUUUUCAGAGUGCUUUGAAGCAACGAGGAAGAAUUCUGGAAAAAAUAUGCCUAGGAUUCAGAUAUCUGCAAUGUGUGGUGAUCAACUUUCAAUCGAUUCUCUGGCUGGUGCACUCUUCCAUAACACACUAAUUCGGCCUUCCAACUACAAUUUCUCCAAUGAUGGUGCAACAUUCAUAGAGGUUCUUGAUGAGAAUACCCAAAUCUGGAAUAAUAUUGAAAUCAAUAUGUGCAGUUAUCACUCUUGGUUUCAUAAAAAUGACUCAAAUCCCAGUGAAUCAAUUGAUUUAAAUGAUGGAUAUUUAUUUGUUUACAAUUCACAAAGAGCUUCAAGUUUCAACUAUGCUCGGUGUGCAAUCGAAAAACUCGCCGAAACGAAUUCGGUGAAUUUCGAUUGUAUUUUGUUGUUGGCCGUGGUCAAGGGUGGUGGCAGUGAUUCAAUGAAGCUCAAUUUGGAGAAUUUAACCGAAGGCGCUGAGCUGUGCAAGUCGAUUGGAGCAAGAUUCUCAGCAAUUGAUUUUCGGAAACGAAAAACCAAAUCGAAUGGGAUAAAUCAUCAAAUGAUGGAAUUUCUUCAUGAUAUUUGUGAUGGACAGGUUCAACCAAUUACUUCCAAUGCUAAUUCAGAAAUAGACAGCAUAGAAAAUGAUCGUCCAUCAAUUCUCUCAUCGUCUGGAAUUCAGUUGCUAGCAAAACCGGAUAGUUCCAACAGAAGUAGACGGCCCAAGCCAGUUGUCAACUCAAAUUUGAGAAAUCGCGUAACACGAACGGAUCCACUAAUCAUGUCACACUUCUAUAGUCAACCGAUUGAAAUUCAACCGGCUCCACUUGCUACACCAGAAGCUGUCGAUUUUUCACCAGCUUAUUCGUUGGUUAAUGACGCAGUUCACACAGUAAUCCAAGUGAAUGGCUCAACUCCGUUAAAAAGUCCACCAACAUUUCAUAGCUAUGAAUCUUCGACGCCCGACUCACGGAGCACAACGUCUACGGUGUCGGGGUCAAGUCCAGCUCCCCGAGCAGUAUCUGCUGAUGUGACAAGACGUUCCCGUACCUCAAAUGUCUCACUUUCAACUGAUUCCAUAAAUCGUCUACAUCGAACGUCAAACCUUUUCCAACUUCGCCCCGAGGCUGCUCUUACUGCUGAACAAAAACGAAAAUCACUGUCAAUUGAAUCUCUGACAAAAGUUCCGGAAAAAGAAAAAGGAAAUCGAUUUGUACGGAAAGUUGCCACGUCAUUCCGACUACGUAAAAGCUUACUGGAUACGACUUGUGAUGGAGAAUCAGAUAAAAAAGAGAAUAAAAAGAAAACAUCUACAACUACAUCACCUGAACAAAUUUCUUCGUUUCUUGAGAAAAUGGCAACGAGAUCACUUCCACAAUCACCGAGAACCGAUAGAAAAGCGAAACUUUAUUCGUCGUUGAAUAGUACUACGGAAAAAGUGUCAAACGUGUUGUCGUGGCUUCCAUCAAAGACAUCGAAGAAGUUGAUGAAGAACAAAAGUGCAACUCAUGAUCUAAGCACAUCCCUUAUCAACUACCCUGCAAGUACGAGUACACAAGGAGUCAUUGCUGCAAAUGAAACAUUGGAGACAUUAUGCUCAAAAUCUCCUUCCCAAAUACCAAUUUAUCUUGAGAAAUGUAUACAAUUUAUUGAACAGAAUGGAGGUUUUGAACAAGAGGGACUGUACCGAGUACCUGGAAAUCAAACUCAUUUGGCAGAAGUUGAGAAACGGUUUUUGAAAUAUGGAGAAUUCGAUGUCUCCUCGUUUGACACGCCUGUCCACGUGGCAGCAACCGCCCUGAAGAGCUUUUUCUCGUGCCUACCGGAAUCAUUAAUACCGACGGCUUACCAUUUACGGUGGAAACAAAUUAUGAUGGUUUCAGAUGAUAUUAAGAAAAUCGACGGAAUCCGUGAUGCGUUGGCAAUUCUUCCGGUUUCAAAUCAAAAAGUCCUUCAAUAUCUAGUCACUCACCUCACAAAAGUGUCAUGUUCUCCAAAAACCGUAAUGAAUUCAAAUAAUUUGUCAAAAGUGUGGACGCCCACACUGUUUAGACCGGUGUUCGCUUCGUAUGAAGAGCUAUCUUCUGGUAUAAUUGCAUUUCAAUUGGCCUUGGAAAUGCUCAUUUUCAAUUCCCAUUCACUUUUCAAUCAAAGUUUUUAAUAAUUCUAUGACGUGGAUAAUUAUCGGGCCAACUCUUGUUUUUCAGUUAUUUUUUAAUGUUUUUUUUCUGAAUAAAGUUUUU